AUGACAACAGCAACAGCAGACUUGGACCAGGACCUCCAAGAAAAUGUCAUUUGUGCCAGAGAGCACAUAAAGCAAUUCCUCUCCCCCCUUGUAGGUCUUUCCAAUCCAUUUCGGGGUCUGCUGAAGUUGGGAACCCUGGAACGUCGAGGAGCUAUGGGCAUCUGGAAAGAGUUUUUCUGUGAGCUGUCACCUCUAGAGUUUCGGCUAUUUGUAGACUGCGAGGAGCGAGAAUGUGUAGAAAACUGUUCUCUGCUGAGAUGUGAGUCCUUAGGACGGGCUGACAGUGAUGGGCGCUUUGAGCUAGUCUUUUCCAACAAACGAUUGUGUCUUCGGGCUUCCUCUCGGGAUGAAGCAGAGGACUGGUUGGACCGGCUGCAUGAGGCUCUAAAAAAGUAUAGGCUACAGCAGGAUGAAGGAUGGGAAACUCUAGAGUGCCCAGAGGAUUCUGAGGAUCUCUUUGAAGGUGGACCACCUGGUGACUUGCCUUCCUUCUCGAUGUACAAUAGAACUGGCCCAACUGAGUUGGACUGGUCAUGUGCCUUGAAACCCGAGUUAGAUGCAAUCAAGGAAUCUGUCCUGUACUUGGAAGUUGAAAAAGCAUGGGUCCCUUUGGUGUUUUCCUUGUCCUUAGAAGCCUUGAAAUGUUUCAAAGCCAGAAAUGAUAAAAAGAUACUGAACAACAGCUUUGGAAUUGAGACCAUCCAAGAUAUCCUGCCAGAUGUGAGCCUGGGUGGACCUGCAUUCUUCAAGAUCAUCACUUCAAAAGCAGUGCUUAAGCUGAGAGCUGAGAACGCAGAGGAGGCAACUGAUUGGCGAGACCUGGUCCGUCGGGUGCUCAUGUCCUACCUGGAAAUGGCUGAGGAGGCCCUCACACUUGGAGGCAAUCUGGAUGGCAAUUCACAGGCAAUCCUGAAGAAUACUGUUAAGGAAAAUGGGUAUUUGCUGCAGUAUCUGGUUGCCAUCCCCAUGGAGAAAGGCCUGGACUGCCAAAGUUUCAUAUGUGCAGGCUGUUCCAGACAGAUUGGUUUCAUCUUUGUGAAGCCUAAGCUGUGUUCAUUCACUGGCCUCUACUACUGUGACAAUUGCCACCAAGAUGAAGAGUCUGUGAUACCUUCACGUCUAAUUCAUAACUGGGAUCUUUCCAGAUAUCCGAUUUGUUGCCAGGCUCUGAAAUUCCUAGCCAAAAUUCAAAAUCAACCCUUGAUUGACCUGAAGCUGGUGAAUGAAACCCUCUAUGACCAUGUAGAGCAAAUGAGACAGAUCUAUCAGAAUCGUGAGCAGCUGAAGCUACUGGGUGAUUACCUUGUCCUUUGUCGCAGUGGUGCCCUGAAGGAGAUCAGUAAGAGGCUUGACCACCGGCAUUAUCUCCUGGAGUGUCCCCAUAAAUACAGUGUGGCUGACCUGAGGCAGAUAGCAGAUGGUAUAUUUGAAACUUUUCUUCAGUCGCUGAUCCAAUUUGCCUCCCACCAUGUGUACAGCUGUGAUCUUUGUACUCAGAGGGGCUUCAUCUGCCAAAUAUGCAACAAGAAUGACAUCAUUUUUCCCUUUGAAUUUGCUACAACCAGCAGAUGUAGUGAGUGCAAGACUGUCUUCCACAAUAGUUGCCAGGCAAAUGUCAGUUUCUGUCCUCGUUGUGUCCGUCGACAGAAAUAUCACCAGCAACUGCAAGAAUUCCUUUGGAAAUGAUCUCAAUUGCCAGUCCGUUGGAUAAGAUUCUGAAAUUCCCCAGAAGGCAAUUGGGAAACAGAAGCUUAGGAGUAAUGGAAGAGCAUUGCCAGCUGUAUACCUUCUCUCUGGAUUAUAGUUCUACAACAACCAGUGCAUCUUGCCAUCAGCUCUGGGAAAGGAACCCACAGAGAUACUUCCUUGAAUUCACCCACUAUUGUCAUUAAUUUUCAUUUACUUCUGUCUUCCCAAGCAAAUUCAUCCUUAUCUUGACAUUUGCUGAAUACUGGAUAUUAAAGGGAAACAUGGCAAGAACUCCUAAGAAGACUCGUUUU